AAUUUGUGUGAUACAACUACAAUCACAGAUUCGAUUCUAGGGGAGUAUAUGGUCGAUGAAAAAACGUGACAAAAAUGACCUUUGCCAAUUUGACACGCGUUUGGCUGCUCUCCGGUGCUACACACUGACAGCGUUGGUUUAUGAAUGAGAGAACAUCUGACAACACCGCAUACUUCACGAGGAGCGCUCCGGGCAUAUUGAAACUCUACUCUAGAGGCUUAAAGGGAAUCUGACGCAAAGUGUUUCACAUGAAAACAAACAUGAUGAGAAAUCAUUUCUGUCUAUGUUGGGAUGAUAUAGCACAUGGAUUUACUCAAAGAAAUCCACAGCACACUCCAGCUGUAUCUUCUUCUUCUUCUUCUUCCCUUGGUCGCUUGUGUCUCUACAUUAUUGAUUCCCAAAGGCUGCUGCUGCCGGCCAAUAGGCUCCCGAGACAGUUUUUUUUCCAAAGGGAUGAGAGCAGAUGAAGUGAUGAGAUUCGUGUAACUUUUCGAUGACCCCUCCUUGACAAAGACAGUGUCCAUCACUUGUCCUCAGUCAUUAUUCGCUGCUUUUAUGCCGAGGGGCUUUUUGUAUCUUUUGUUGGUUUCUCUGUUGAACACCAUGCCUUCAAGUUAGUCCUUAGAAAACAAAUAUAUUUGUUUUAUUCCUGCGAGAAUACCCUCGUGGUAUGUCUUCAUAAUAUAUCAGUUUAAAGUUAAUUAUAAGGUGGCAAUUAUUUGUGUUUUUUUUAAAUUUCCAACAUGCAUUUUUAUUAUCCAAAUGUAAAGGUAGAUUUUCCUGUGAAAUAUUUGUUUGUUUUUUUCGUCCCCGGGAUCUAAUUUAGGCGCAUCUUAAGUCAUAUGAAAUGUGCUAGUUGUAUGUUUACCCGUUUAUGGACCAGCAUCACCUCUAUUGGCCGAUCUGGUCACAUGGUUCGCUAACUUUAUUCAGUUGACACCAAGUAGGAGGGCUUUAUGGAGAGAGGAAAAAAAAGACAACUCGAGAAAAAUUAGUAUUUUCUACCUUCAGAAAUUAAUGGCCAUGAGUUCGUAUUUGGUGAACUCCAAGUAUGUGGAUCCCAAAUUUCCUCCCUGCGAGGAAUAUUCACAAAAUAACUAUAUACCUGAGCAAGGCUCGGACUACUUCAGUCCAACGCAGGACACAGACUUUCAGCAUCCAGGGAUCUACCCACGGCCAAACUACACGGAGGAGCCCUUCAGCUGCAACACUGUGCAGGACUCCACAGUGCAGCCACGGGGUCAUGUGCACGAGAAAUCCAGCCGCCCGAGCUCUUUGAGCACACAGACUGAGCAGGGGCCCCCGGUCCAAGUGGCCGAACCCCGGACUUGUGGACAGGAGCAAAACACAAAGAGCCAACAUGGGAUACAGUCCAAGCAGCCUGCAGUAGUUUACCCCUGGAUGAAGAAAGUCCACAUUACGAAUGUGAACCCGGAUCACACAGGACCCGAGCCCAAGCGGUCCAGAACAGCUUACACCCGGCAGCAGGUUUUGGAGCUCGAAAAGGAGUUUCAUUUUAACAGGUAUCUGACCAGGCGGCGGCGGAUUGAGAUUGCGCACACGCUUUGUCUCUCCGAAAGGCAGAUUAAAAUCUGGUUUCAAAACAGACGGAUGAAAUGGAAGAAAGACCACAAACUACCCAACACCAAGGGCAGAUCCGCACCAGCCAGCCAUCUGCAAAGCAUCCAGAAGGAUAACCAGACUGAUAUCACAUCAUUAUAAGAGAGGAGGAAGGUGUGCACAUGUAAACUGUACAUAUGAAAAGACAGGGGGUUGCAUCUGAUUUUUUUGCAUGGACCGAUGUUGUUUUAGCCAUUUUUGUAUAUUUUUUAUUUAACAAAGACCCCAGCAGUGUUGACUCAAGAGUCAGAAAACCAAUCAGUCUUUGUGAGAGUGAACGGUUUGAAAGUUCUACAUUGUUUUAAUUUCUUCAAAGAGACACAAAAACAUCGAAAGAAACUUUUCUUCUUUUUUUUGUUGGACGUUACCCACCUGAGGACAUUUAAUGACCAACCUCGGCUGACUUCGUGGAUUUAAACAAAGUGUUGCAGCUCUCUGCCCACGUGGAUCCACGUUGGCUUAAAGAUUAAGCUAUCUUUAUUCACAACAGGAAAAGCCCUUGGUUCAAAUUACACGCACACACAGAUGUUAUUUCAGUGUAUCUUCCUAUUCAAGCCUCACUUUGAAUGCACAAUUUAUAUAUAUAUAUAUAUAUAUAUAUAUAUAUAUAUAUAUAUAUAUAUAUAUAUAUAUAUAUAUAUACACUUGAAGGACCCAAUGUUUGCUCAGAGCACGCCAAACACAACCUACUUCGCGAGUUGCAAAAACCCCGUUGCAUCGUUCAGUUCUACGUUUAUUUGUGACUAGUAUGUUUUAACUUAUUUUGUACAAUAAAGCUUAGAAAAUUUGUAAGACUAAAUAUUAUUCUCAGACGCAAGACAUUCCUGUGUGCAUAGUAUUCGGAGUGCCCUUAUAAAUCUUUCCUGACAUCUUUGUAAACAGUGUACAUUUUCACAGGCUCUCUCGUGCCAUUGAAAGACUUAUAUGAAAGAUCAUUUGUUCCUGCAUGGCAUCAAAUUGAUAGUUGAUGUUUCUCAUCGGAAAAAAAUAAUAUCAAAUUCAGAAUAUUUAGGAGUAUAAUUGUUUAUUUCAUUUUGAUAUGAUUUGUUUACGUCAUUAUUUAUUUGUUCAAAUGUACAUUUUCGUAUAGCACACAUACCAUUUUAAUUAAAGUAUUCGUUCAACUUAAAUGAAUCUCAAAUAUGUUUGAACUCUUGUGGAUUAUUAGCAUGGCUUUAUGCAACGUUUGAGUCUUUUAGUUAAUGUGGGAAGCUUCUUUUUCUUCUUCUUUUCAUUUGCACCGAGCUAACCGAGGGGGGCUUUCACGUCACGUUUCAAGACAGAUAUUUCUUGUUUUAUACCGUCAUUGUCUUCGGACAAAAAAAAGAAGAAGCACAGAAGCUCAACCAGUACGAAGAGGUAUUCUCUGUGAAGCCUUUGCGAUGAGAGGCUUGAAAAGGUAUUUCAACCGAAGGUCGACAAAGCAGCAGUGGCAGGUUCAUCCAGGGGACACAUUUCAGCCGCGAGGACUGACCCCAACACCCCUGACCCGCCGGACAAGCAGCAUUUUCUCUCCCUGUUCGCUUUGGUUUGGAGAGGUUUCCACAGUUAAAGAGCCAAAGCAUUCAAAGCAAAAGUCAGUGCGUGAAUUCCAGAUAGUUUUUACACGUAUUUUAACAAGCAGGCCUAUUUAAAAGCUCCUGAUUUGUGCAUUUGUCUCCUCAUGUCAAUAUGCAAUCUUUUCGUUUUAUUUUUGUACAUGCUUUUUACCUUGUAAUGUGAGAAGUAUAUCGUAAAAAUAAAGAUUUCUACUGAAUAUGCAUUUAAAUAACUGCAGAGAGCACUUUGUCGCGAUUUAAACAAAAGAGUUCUUUAUUUGAGAAAUAUUUAGAUUGGAUGGAUUUUCCCGGUCACACUGAGUUUCAUAAUAUUUCUCAUUGCUCAAACGUUUAUUUUUUAAAUUAAUGUAUUAGUUAUUUAGUGUCAUUCGUUUGGUGCCAAUUUCCAAAGGAUCACGUUUGUUGGCCAGAGGUUUUCUCUCCGGUGCAACACGCGUAUGGAGCCAUAUGGACAUUUAGCACCCUUUUAAAAAAACACCCAAAAAUGCACCAAAUGUGCGCUGCUAGGGUAAAUGUAGCCUCUUCUGCCAAGCGCGAAAUGAAUGAGCAUAAAAUCUUUUUUUUUCAAACAUGUUAAAGAGUUUUCUCUUAUGAGCUGCAGCGUCCUCGUGGUUCUUCUGGAGCGGUCCAAGGUGAUAUGCAAUGGAGACUGCAGUGGGCUUCUAAGAAGACUUUUGAAGUGCCUUCAUAGCAAAGUAGUGAUUCACAUCAGUCUUUAUCACAGAAUAGAACCACACUUGCUCGAUUCAAACUGAGAAAUAACUUUGUUCAGGGGCAAAUUCAGAAAACGCCACAUGUAUCAUGACGUAAACAUACACAUAAAUACUAUAUGAAUUAGGAUACUAGGCCUACAUAUUUGAUAUUAACCCCCCUCGUGCUACACGGGCUGUGCCUUUCUUGAGUAUGACCCCCUGCUACACUGACCUCCAACCCUCCACAGUGCAACAUCAGUGCUGAUACAAACAUGGUCAUAAACGGACAUGUGGAAAGACAAUCUUGAGUCACUCAGCAGUGUUUUCAUCCCCAGUGGCCACUGUCUCAGCCCCGCUGAGUGCGCGCGAGCCCACUGGCUUGCUCAUGGCGUUUAUAUCUUUGUGUACGUGUAAAAUACACGCACGUGUCAUAUAGAUUCAGAGAGAAGCUGAGACAAAGUGAUGCUACCAAUCCACCAUCCUGCUAUAAAUGAUCUGCACAUAGAUGCUG